CCAAAUGAGCCACUUUGAAACCAUUACUUACACCCAACGAAACCAAAAGGAUCCCUCCCUGCCACCAAACCAAAAUGCAGAACAGCUGUCGUCGUCCAAGUCCAAAACAAACAAAACCACCAUCUCGUCCUCCAUGGAUGUAGCCACAUCAAAGAAACCUUGCAUAAGAGUGGAAGACGUUGCAUCCCCCUCAAGCUGAAACCCUACAACCAACUCUUCCUUCUCAUCCAUUCUACAAAGGCUCUUGAUUGACAAUUCGAGAGGUAUAUCUGAAAACAAGACAAACGCAUCACAACACAUGACAAAUAGGGGUAAACGCAACCCACAAUUCUGAAGCACAAGCAAAAGAACUGAACAAUCACCAACACAACAUAUCCAACACAGAAACAUCAACCUACUGCAAGCAGUGAAAGAAGAACACAAUAAACAACAGAAUGAAAUGAACAAACAAUAGCUACAAAAACUACUACAAUAAAGAGACGCACAAACAAGAAAAAAGAAUGGUUAAGUCUAUAACCUAGACCUUUGAAAAGAUUGGAACGCCAGAGCCGAACCAAAGCCCCAACAAGUCCAUGAAGGAAAAGUGAGAAUGAACACUGAACACGAAAAGGAAAGGAAAACACGAAACCCAGAAAUAUAGAAUGAAAAAAUUGAACAAACAACAAGCACGAACAAGAUCUAUAUGCGUGAGGGAUACACACGACUUCCUUAGAUGAUUGGAACGGGGUGAUGGUGGCGACUGAAUAUGCAUGAUCUCCAAACCGAUUGAGACGAGAACCAUUCCAACACCAAUCACGUGCAACAAAACCGAAAUUAGUCAACCAUACAUGCGUGGGUGAUGCCCAUAGGCCAUAGCUACUAAAUUACCCACAAAGCAGGUCUGGAUCAAGUGGCAAUGGAGAAUUGCCCCAUCGUCGGCAACUGCGCACCGGGAAGCACCUCCACCCACCGAAGCCGAAGUUAUGGGCCGACCUUGUCCCCUGGUUGUUCAGUCUCACCUUUCUUAUUUUGGGCCGAGCCCACCAUUUCAUAUCUCCCCGCCCAGCUCCUCCCUCUCGGCCCAAUUAAUAAUGACCAUAUCUUACAUCCGAUAUCACUCACACUCAGUAAAGGGCAGAGAGAGGGAGACAGAGAGCUAGCUGCUCAACUCAAGUGAUCCCUUUCUCCAGUCCCCAGCAAAGAAGAGCACAGAAUAAAUCCUUCGCAUUUCACUCCAAGUCAAGUCAUUCCCACACCUCUCUUUCUUUUCCCUCCUUAAAUAUGGCUGAAACUUAUUCCAGCUGCAACGCCAUCAAUCAAAGGGCAGCCAUUCCCCCCCAAAUCCCAAUUUCCCACACUAACAUAAUCAACCAAUCAUGGUGCCAGCAGCAGGUGGGCCGCCGACCAGCCAAAAGCCUCUGGAUCGCCACGUCAGGGACAUGGUCAACACCAUCACCAACCGCGUCUCCGGCAUCCCCACCGGCGGCGGCCACACUGUCGCGGCCGGGGACGACGAUGCCGAAUCGCAGCAGCAGCAACAUGGAGUGAGGGUGGUGACACUCGCCGGGACAAACACCGGAGCCACCAUGCGGGGCCGCUUGGACGAUCAAGACCGCAAUGCGAGGCCCCAUCACCAUUACUACUCUUCCCUCAACAAGGGCAAGGGAAAGAGCGACGAGGCGAGCAAUGCUAAUGAUUUGAAGGAUGCGGCGGAGGAAGACGACGACGAGGAGGAGGGUGUUGGGACUUACGUGAACAGCAACUUCCAGGCCGUGAAUAACUCCAUCAUGUUCGACAGCCACUACAACACCAACGACCCCGGCGUCCAUAUGGACAUCUCCGACCACCACCACCCCCGCCACCUUCCACUGCACCGCGGCGGUGACAGGCUUGGAAACAGGAGGGGGAAGAAGAACAUUGUGGACGGUGGUGACGAGGAACGCUUCAGAAGUCGUCGUCAUGAGCGAGGAUCUGAUGACGACGACGGAUUCUUCUGAUUCAUCACUAUAUCCACCUGCGGGAAUGGUAAUAAUUAUAAAGCAUCAGCCUUCCAAACUGCGGUCUAUAUAUCUAGUUACUCCAAUUGCUUGCGUUCUACGGUUGGUAAUAAUCCGAUCAGUUUCAUGAUCGAUAUGCAGGCAUAGCUCGAUAUCGAUACCUUUGCUAUAUGUACUUUGAUUCUGCUGCCGUGUAAUAUUUACAAUGA